GACUCACUCAAUACAACACCCCAAUCCUACUGUACUACGUAAUUCCCACUCACACUAGCCGUCGGGCAGCGUACGAAUCAGUUCGGGUAGAUAAAGUAGCCAACCAAACAUUGCCACCUCAGAAUUCAACUGCGCACGGUUGCCUUUUCGGGCAAAUUUAGUGGCUGCGUUAAAACUUUACCUCUUAUAGUCUCCUCAUUCUCUCUCUCCCUCUCUCUCUCUCUCUAACCUUGAAAUAUCAACUCUUCUUCUUCCUUAGAUAUUGGAGAAAUCGUUUUACGUAACCAUCACUGUAUCAAACGAAGCUCUUGUACUGUUUGAGACACACCGAAGAUAAAUACGAGUAGUUUUUCCCGACUAUUCAGUGAAUUCCUGGUAUCUCUGUCCAUACAAUUAAGUUUCUGGGUUUCUUUGGGGAUUUUUUUAGAAAUUAAUAGAGAGAAAUGGACGACGAGUAUGCUAAGCUUAUCAGGAGGAUGAACCCACCCAGAGUUGUAAUUGAGAACAAUACUUGCAAGGAUGCAACUGUUAUCCAGGUUGAUAGCGUCAACAAACACGGGAUUCUCCUGGAAGUUGUGCAAGUGCUUACCGAUUUGAACCUCCUUAUUACUAAGGCGUAUAUCUCAUCUGAUGGGGGUUGGUUCAUGGAUGUGUUUAACGUGGUUGACCGAGAUGGGAAUAAAAUUAGAGAUGAAGGGGUCAUCAAUUAUAUCCAAAAGACACUUGAAAAUGAUUCCUUCUUUCUCUCCCCAUUGAGAGGGUCUGUUGGCGUGAUGCCUUCUGAAGAGCACACCUCGAUCGAACUAGCUGGUACUGAUAGGCCCGGUUUGUUGUCCGAAGUUUGUGCAGUUCUUGCUGAUCUUCGUUGUAAUGUUGUUAAUGCGGAGAUAUGGACCCACAAUUCCAGAGCUGCAGCGGUAGUUCAUGUCACUGAUGCUUCCACUGGAUGCGCAAUAGAAGACCCAAACCGGCUAUCUAAGAUAAAGGUAUUGCUCCGCAAUGUUCUUAAAGGAAAUAAUGACUUGAAGACUGCAAAAAUGACGCUUUCACCCCCGGGUUUCAUGCAUAGGGAGAGGAGAUUACAUCAAAUGAUGUUCGAUGAUCGAGACUAUGAAAGGAAUGAAAGAGCAGAACACGGGAGAGUUGUGGACAAGAGUUUGAGACCAAAUGUGUCUGUGAUGAAUUGUAUAGAGAGGGAUUACACGGUGAUUACUAUGAGGUCCAAGGAUCGGCCGAAGCUGCUAUUUGACACUGUGUGCACCCUGACCGAUAUGCAAUAUGUUGUCUUUCAUGGUGUAGUUCACACGGGGAGAACGGAAGCGUUUCAGGAAUACUAUAUCAGACACGUUGAUGGACUACCUAUAAGCUCGGAGGCUGAACGAGAACGCGUUAUGCAAUGCCUCGAAGCAGCCAUUGAGAGACGAGCCUCUGAGGGUCUGGAGCUUGAACUAUGCACAGAAGACCGGGUUGGACUCCUCUCAGACAUCACCAGGGUAUUCAGGGAGAACAGUUUGUCCAUAAAAAGAGCAGAAAUUUCAACAAAAUCUGGGAAAGCCGAAGACACUUUCUAUGUCACAGAUGUGACAGGGAGCGCAGUCGACACCAAAACUAUUGAUGCGAUACGGCAAGAAAUCGGACAAUCAGCAUUGCGUGUCAAAAGGAAUUCAUGGCCUUCGUCAAAUCCGCCUCAAGAGACAGCAACGAGUUUCCUCUUCAGUAACUUAUUUAAAGCUCGAACAUUCCAAAAUUUCAAAUUGGUUAGAUCCUACUCUUGAACUGUUUUCGUGGAUGUGUAGUUUCCAAAUGUAGAACAUGAGCAUAUAUGUAAGCUGUUUAGGCAACAUGAAAAACCGUAGAAGCAUUAUUACGGAAUACUGCAACUAUGGACGUCCCUUCAUCUUGGGAAUGGAAGAAACGAGAAGCCUCCUUGUGCUGUAGAUAUUACCGAGGGGUGUUGUCUCGGUAUAUCUUAUUCUCCUGUAAGUAAUCAGUGUGUAAAGUGUGAUUACAAUUUUCAGAUUGUACAGAUGAUACCUAUGGGAAAUUGUAAAUUUUGAAUGUAAAGCCGUAACAUUUGUACGUGUAUACCUGUUGGGAUACUUGUAGGGGAAGUGUAAAGUUUGUUUUAAUGCUAUACCCUUCGUAUUCUUUGGGUGAACGAUUCCAUGAA